AUGACAAUCAACAAAUCUCAAGGUCAAUCUUUAGAUUAUGUUGGUUUAUAUUUACCCAAGAAUGUUUUCAGUCACGGACAACUAUAUGUUGCUAUUUCAAGAAUUAAAAGUAAAGCAGAAUUGAAAAUUUUGAUUCACGACAAAAAUAAAAUCUUCUUAGAUCACACUAAAAAUGUUGUUUUUAAAGAAGUUUUCCAUAACAUCAUAUAG